AUGGACGGUCUUCCGACCAGUAGCCCCUGCACUCCAACUGGUCCUAUGGGCUCCCUGAACUAUCCUCCAGAAAUUCUGAAUCAGAUCUACCACGAGCUCUUCGUCGAUGACAACCAGGUCCUCUGCUUUCUGUGUUCUACAGAUCCAGCUUACCAAACAAUCGACCUGAAACAGGCGGUCAAUGGACAUCAAGCCUCCAGUGUUGGUGAAUUACACUGGGCUGACCUGUACGACGACCGGUAUUAUGUCCACAGCAGCGGUCUCUCAGCGCAAUUUCUCCGUGUUUGCAAGAGGAUAUGGAGAGAAGGCACCGGUGUGCUCUACGGAAACCUGACGAUCGCCUUGCGAUGGACGCCAAAACCAGAUCCGUGUUUCAGCCCUUUCUUCAAACGUAACACUCCAUAUGUUCUCGCCUGGGCCCGUGUUGUCUAUCCUCGGAGCAAUGAAUCAUUGCUCUAUUUUGACAACGCACAUGGUCUGUUGCAUCUUCUGCACUGGGGUGUCACUCAUCCUUCCGAGAGUUGGGAGUUGGACAGACCAACAUUCAGACAGAUACGGGAAAAGCGGUUGUCUGAGACAAGCAGGAGAGGUGCGGGGCCCAAGGGGAGCAGAUCUGCCAGUUUUUGA